GUGGAUCCAAAUAAUUCAAAUCGUUUAAUUUCCUAUUCAACAGAAACUAGUAUUGUAAUCCUUGGGAAAAAAUCUAUUCCAUAUUCUACUGGAUUAUUUAAUUCACGAUAUACUGAAAUACCAUCCAGUAUAUGCGCUGAAGAUCCAUUGAUAGCAAAUGCAAUAGCUGAUGGUUUAGCUUCUGGUCAUCCACCGUUAGUUUUUACACCGGAUGUCAGACGAUUUAUUGAUGCAUUUCGUUGUUGGUUGAAUAAUAAUUCCCUGUCGAAACAAUCAUUUCUAUUGGUUGGUCCUGAAGGUUGUGGUAAAACGUAA